GGGGGGAGGAGAAGGCUUCAGCCGUCGCCAGACCCAGCUCAGCGCCGCCUCCUUCUCUCCCCCCUCCCCCCCGGCCUGAGCGCGGCGCCUGGGCCCAGCGGCGAGCGCAGCGCGGAGGAGCGAAGCAGGCGGAUCCCGUCGGCGGCAGCGCGGAGCCUGGGCCCAGAGCGGCGGGGUCGGUAUCGGCGGCGCGGCCCCUUCUCCCCCCGCGCGGGGCAGCGGGCGGCCCCGGGCUGCGGGCUUGGAAGGCGGCUCGGAGACAAAGGAGGCGGCGGGUUCGGAGCCGGCACCAGGGACCGAGAGGAGCCUCCGGGAGCCCCCGCCCGGGGUAGGCGGCACAAUGCGGCACGGGGCGGCCCGCCCGCACCGGCUGCAGCAGCGCGGGGGUCGCAGCGCGGCCCGCCCGGAGCGGGGAUAGAGGCGACGGCCGGAGCCCCAGAGCCGGGCCGGGCCCCUUCCGCGAGCAGCGUCCCCCUGGCCUGUCACACGGGGCGGCGAUGUGAGGGCCCCGGAGCCGGCAGCAGCCACAGCCGAGCAGCGGGGACCCAGCGGAAGCGGCAGCUGGCCGGGCCCGGAGGAGCCGAGCAGCGGGGAUCCGGCGGGCGCGGCAGCCGGCCCGGCCCGGAGGAGCCGAGCAGCGAGGACCCGGCGGGAGCGGCGGCCGGGCCCGGGUGUGCGAUGGAGACGCACAUCUCGUGUCUGUUCCCGGAGCUGCUGGCCAUGAUCUUCGGGUACCUGGAGGUGCGGGACAAGGGCCGGGCAGCGCAGGUGUGCACGGCCUGGCGGGACGCCGCCUACCACCGCUCCGUGUGGCGGGGCGUGGAGGCCAAGCUGCACCUGCGCCGCGCCAACCCCUCGCUCUUCCCCAGCCUGGCGGCGCGGGGCAUCCGGCGGGUGCAGAUCCUGUCGCUGCGGCGCAGCCUGAGCUACGUGAUCCAGGGCAUGGCGGAGAUCGAGAGCCUCAACCUGAGCGGCUGCUACAACCUCACCGACAACGGGCUGGGCCACGCCUUUGUGGCGGAGAUCGGCUCGCUGCGGGCGCUUAACCUGAGCCUCUGCAAGCAGAUCACCGACAGCAGCCUGGGCCGCAUCGCCCAGUACCUCAAGGGCCUCGAGGUGCUGGAGCUGGGCGGCUGCAGCAACAUCACCAACACCGGCCUCCUACUCAUCGCCUGGGGUUUGCAGCGCCUCAAGAGCCUCAACCUGCGCUCAUGCCGCCACCUCUCUGACGUGGGCAUUGGGCACCUGGCCGGCAUGACCCGCAGUGCAGCUGAGGGCUGCUUGGGCCUGGAGCAGCUCACGCUGCAGGACUGCCAGAAGCUGAGCGACCUCUCACUAAAGCACCUGGCCCGAGGGCUGGGACGCCUCCGCCAGCUCAACCUCAGCUUCUGUGGGGGCAUUUCAGAUGCGGGGCUGCUCCACCUGUCCCACAUGAGCAGCCUGCGCAGCCUCAACCUGCGCUCCUGCGACAACAUCAGCGACACCGGCAUCAUGCAUCUGGCCAUGGGCAGCCUGCGCCUUUCGGGCCUUGAUGUUUCCUUCUGUGACAAGGUGGGGGACCAGAGCCUAGCCUAUAUCGCACAGGGCCUGGAUGGGCUGCGUUCCCUUUCCCUCUGCUCCUGCCACAUCAGCGAUGAGGGCAUCAACCGUAUGGUGCGUCAGAUGCAUGGGCUCCGCACACUCAACAUUGGCCAAUGUGUCCGUAUCACUGACAAGGGCCUGGAGCUCAUUGCAGAGCACCUCAGCCAGCUCACAGGCAUUGAUCUUUAUGGCUGCACCCGCAUCACUAAGCGGGGCUUGGAGCGCAUCACCCAGCUGCCCUGUCUCAAGGUGCUCAACCUGGGACUUUGGCAAAUGACUGAGAGUGAGAAGGUCAGGUGAGAGGAGGGGGCACCUGGAGACCUCCAUCUCUCUGGAGGGACUCACUGACUGACUGCUGCAAUGGAGGAGAGAGAGAGUGGAGGGAGGGCACACACAGAGCCAUGCUACCUGCCUACUCCAGCACUGGAAGGAGGGAGGGAUAGAGAGAGCCCACCCCUAUCCUUUCCAUGCCACCUACCCACCUCUGCACUGGCUGGGGCAGGAGAGGGAAGAGAGAGAACCUCCAUUUCUUCCAUGCCAUCACCAGUCCUCCAUUGGGAAUACAUUACCCCUUUCCUCAUCCUUCUCUGCAUUGGGGAUAGAGGCCUGCAAUUUUAUGCACUGGGGCUGGAGAUACCCCUCCCCAUUCCAGCUAUGAUUCUACCCCCUCAUGCACUAGGGAUUGAUGAAGAAAGUCCCCCAUUCUUAUUCACCUCCAGUCCUGCUCAGUUUUGGGAAUAGGGACCUUCUCGAAUGGGGAUGGGGAUGGAAAUGGGAACAACCCCUCUGCCCUCUUCCCCCCCUCC